UUAUGGUUAAUACUUCAGACUGAGCUAGCAGAUGAGAAAUCCCAGUCAUUGGCCAAGCAGCAUUUGUACCUAAUAGAAGUCUCUGAAUGUUCCUUGGGACCUUAACAGGGCAGCAGGGCUCGGGCUGCUUGGUGGAAAGACUUAUUGUUAUAAGCUAUUGGCCUUGGCUAUUCCCUGUCCACCUUCAUCUGGAGGAUGGAGUGGAGCAUUCAUCUUUCACCUUUUAGGAUCCCGUGAGCAUUCCUCUCCUAGUCAGUAUAGUCUUCUGGUAAUGAACUUGGGAGAGAGUCUUGGCCCAUAGGAGAGGUCAUUUUCCUCCAUGGAUUAUGAGGAUUUUUUUUUACCCUUUCAGGUAGGGGAUGGCAGAUGUGGGGACAAAUACAAAGAGGAGCCUAGAUUAUGUGAAGCUGUCUGGCAGUGAGAGGUGUUAUGUAGCACUGUAGCAAAUUCGAGCUAGGGUGGGAAUUCUAGAGGAGAGACAGACAUCUGCAGAAAGCAGGAGAAAAGGUGCAUGAGCACAGCUGUCCCGGUUAACUGUCUCACAAUUUGAUACAAGCUCAUCUGGAAGAGAGACCCUCAACUGAGAAAAUGCCUCCAUCUGAUUGGCUGAUAUGCAAGCCUGUGGAGGCAUUUUCCUGAUUAAUGAUUGAUGUGAAAGAGUCCAGUCCAUUGUAGAAGGCGCCAUCCCUAGUCCUGGGUUCUAUAAGAAAGCAGGCUUAGCAUGCCUUGGUGAGCAAGCCAGUAAUCACCACCCCUCCAAGGCCUCUGCAUCAGCUCCUGCCUCCAGGUUCCUACCUUGACUUCCUGCAUGACUUCUUUCAGUGAUGGACAGUUACCUGUCUUGCAGCUCACAGAUGCUGAGAAACAGGGAGACUCCUGCCUACCCCAUCCAAAGCCUCCCUUCUUCUCCUCUCCUCCACUGACAGAAUUUAGGGGUUAUGGCCUGGAGGUGUUCACAGCUGCUACUGGCCCCUGUGCUGCUGCCCCUCCUGGCCUCAGGUACCUGGGGGUCGACAGUUGUAUCUGAGGAACUUCACCAAGUGGUGGGACAGAACUUCUCCGUGAGGUGCCAGUACAAACCCGAGGCAGGGCCUUAUGUGCCGAAAUCCUGGUGUCGGCAGACAUCUCCUAAUAGAUGUAACCGAGUGGUCACAACCUCUGAGCCUCGGAAAGCCAUCAAGGAAUCACAACACGCCAUCUGGGACGAUCCCGAAGCUGGCUUCUUCAGCGUCACCAUCACUCCGCUCACGGAGAAGGACUCGGCAGUCUACUGGUGCGGGUCAUUUAACCCUUCCCGCAACGUGAUCAACAUUCUCAGAAACAUCAGCCUGGUGGUGUCUCCAGUCCUGUCCACUCUUCCUCCAUCGACCAGCAUCUGGCUCCAAACAAAGAUGGCCUCAUCCACUCUUCCUCCAAAGAUGGCCACCUGGCUCCCAACAAGCACAGUUCUGACCACUUCUCCAGAGGAAACCACUGGCUCUUUCAUCAAUGGCUCUGAGCACAGAAACCAAAGUUCUCCUUCCUCUCCUGGCUGCAUCUCCCCGAGAAUUCUGGUCUUCGUGCAGUAUGGACUCCUCCUGUUCAAGGGCCUGAUGCUGUCAGUUUUCUGUGUGGUCCUUUGCGGGAGGUGCUGCCAAAGACAGGAGUACACAGCUGAGACAGUGAAGCUGGAGGUUACGGAAUAUGCCAGCCUUCCUGACAUCUCCGAGUCCUUGGGCACAUUUGGCUAUCUCUCAGGAUGUGAGAAGAAUGCUUAUUCUCCCAGCCCUAUGCAGUGACCAGAGCUGCCCAACCACUGAGUACUACAACCCUACUGAAGCCCCCAAGCAGCCCAUGGCAGACAAGUGCCAGGCCUCCCCCUCAAAUCACCAGUGGUGACUGUCACUCUGGCACCCAGCACCCUAAGACCCACACCCCCACAGCCCAUAGCUCCCCCAAGCUGACCACCCAUGGGAAGUUAAUCUGCAUUGGGGUCAGACCCUCUCACAGCACCCCAGCACCAGCUCAAGUAUCUCCCAGAACCCUACACCUCUGCCUUUUCUUUCAGGACUUUCUCGUUCUCUCUCCUGCCUCCAUUAGAACAUAUGUCUCACAGGCUCUGUUUCUGGAGUGAGCUACUCACAAGCACUGUGUAUGUCCACUUGUGCUUAAGUUCAGUCUCUUGGACUGCAUCAGAGUGGAACACAGUAACACCAUUUCCUCUGAGCUUCCUCUCCUCUUGCUCCAGAUUCCUUAAAAAUGAAAGAAAAAAAUGACUUAAAUGAUAAAAUGGGGAACCAAGAAAGGCUGUGAUCUGCAGACUACAAACAGAGGAAGUCAAAAAGUUAAAGAAAAAAACUGGCUUUAACAGGACAAAAACCACCCUAAACAGUCCAUUCACCCAGCUAUACACAGGAGCUGACCACCAGGGGUCAGUGUUGUGUUGAUUUAUCAAGCGAGGUCAUUCAUUUCAUCUUCACAGAGAAAGUCUGGUUGUACAAACACGAUUAUUGACUGUGUGCAUAUGUGGGUGUGUGUGUGUGUGGGGAUGUCCUUUAGGGAACAAAAAAUGUCACAUGCCAGAGUGAUGUUCAGAGCAGGUGACAUCCAGUAUGCCUGGACACCAGACAUUCAUCAUGGACAUCCACUAUGGACAGCAAGCUGAAUGCUAGCCUUGCAACCAUGAAAAGGAGACCAUGAAGACAGCACGUUUCCCUCCUGUUUGGGUGCCUUGUUCAGCUUUGGUCUGAGGGCUCUUGUUUUGCAUUAUUGCAUCUUGUUUUGUCAUGUCUGGUUGUUAUCUCUUGGAGGUUUGCUAUUUUUUGAUGGGAGAUGUGUGGGAGGG